AUAUGCAUAUUCCAAAGAUCCACAUUUUUACAUAUAUCAUAACUCUUAAGCCACAUUUUCUUAAAUGUAAACAUGUUUUAGUGUUAAUUGUUAGAGAGAUAUAAUACAUAUGGCGAGUAGUAGUGGGACUAAUAAUGUUGGGGCGACACCGAGAUCACUUUCGAGGAGCAUGACAGCUAGUGGUUCGACCAUGAUUGAUCCGUACGGAGAUGAUACUGCAACGGUUGAUAGUGAGCUUGUUCCGUCUUCACUUGCUUCAAUUGCUCCUAUUCUUCGUGUUGCUAAUGAACUAGAGAAGGACAAUCCUAGAGUUGCUUAUUUGUGCCGGUUUCAUGCAUUUGAGAAGGCACACUGGAAUGAUCCCAAAUCUACUGGACGUGGUGUUCGCCAAUUCAAGACCUACUUACUGCAUAGACUUCAGAAGGAAGAUGAAGAGACAAAAUGUCAAUUAGCAAACACUGAUCCUAAAGAAAUACAGAAAUUCUUCCAACUUUAUUGUGAGAAAAAUAUUAAAGAUGGUCAUAAUACAAAGAAACCUGAGGUGAUCGCCAAGAUGUACCAGAUUGCAUCAGUUUUGUAUGAUGUAUUGAGGACAGUGGUUGUACCACCUUCGAAGCUUGAAGUUGAGACUGAAAGAUAUGCCAAAGACGUAGAGGAGAAUAAGGAACAAUAUGUAUAUGUUCACUAUAACAUUCUUCCUUUAUAUCCUGUUGUUGUUGAACCAGCAAUCAUGAAGCUUCCCGAGAUCAAGGCAGCCCUUCGGGCUCUUCGUAAUGUGGAUAAUCUUCCGCUUCUUAGAAAGCCCGAAGACAGAAAUAAAGCAGUUAAUGAUAUACUUGAGUGGCUAUCUUCAAUGUUUGGAUUUCAGAAAGGAAAUGUCGCAAAUCAGCGGGAACAUUUAAUAUUGCUACUUGCAAAUAUUAAUACAAGGUUGACGAGUUUAGAAGAUUACGAUCAGUUGGAUAGCCAGACAGUAGAGCAACUAUUGGAUAAAACUUUUAAGAACUAUACCUCAUGGUGUGAUUAUUUGCAUUGCACUUCGAACCUCAAGUUUGAACCUGGUUGUGAUAGGCAACAGUUAGCGCUCCUGUACAUUGGACUCUAUCUGCUUAUCUGGGGGGAAGCUUCAAAUAUCCGCUUCAUGCCUGAAUGUAUUUGCUAUAUUUUCCAUAAUAUGGCGAAUGAAAUUCAUGGAGUUUUGUUUGCCAAUGUGGAAUCCAUAAGCGGGGGCACAUAUAAAGCAGAAGCAGUAGUAGAAGAAUCAUUUCUGCAGAAUGUUGUGUCGCCUAUUUAUGAGGUUAUGCGUAAGGAAGUCAAGAGAAAUCGAGGUGGCAAAGCAAGUCAUUCUUCCUGGAGAAACUAUGACGAUCUUAAUGAAUACUUUUGGUCUGAUAAAUGCUUUAAAUUAGGAUGGCCAAUGGACCGAAACUCUGACUUUUUUGUUAAAUCUGAUGAAGAAUCGCAGGCAAAUGUGGUGCAGGAGCGCACCCGUGUUAACUCUGAUGAAGGAUUGCAAGCAAAUGUGGUACAGGAGCACACCCGUGUCAUACCUGGAAAGAAGCAGCCUAAAACAAAUUUCGUUGAAGUGCGGACUUUUUUGCACAUUUACAGGAGCUUUGAUCGAAUGUGGAUGCUUCUUAUAUUAGUGUUUCAGGCUAUGGUAAUCAUUGCAUGGCACGGAGAUGGAUCUAUAUUUGGAAUGUUUGAUGACGAUGUCUUUGAAAGUAUUUUGAGCAUAUUCAUUACUUCAGCUGUCCUUAAUUUUUUCCAAGCUUCUUUAGAUGUAAUCCUUAGCUUCAAUGCUUGGAGGAGCUUGAAACGUACUCAGAUACUUCGCUAUGUCCUUAAAGUUACCCUUGCAGCCUUUUGGGUAAUUAUGCUACCCAUAGGUUAUUCAAGAUCUGUAUCCAAUCCAACAGGCGUCGCGAAAUUCUUUAGUGAUCUUGGCGGAAGUCAGAGGGAGCAAUCACUUUAUAAUUGUCUUGUUGCAAUAUAUGUGACACCCAACAUUUUGUCUGCCUUGCUAUUUUUGCUCCCACCUAUGCGGAGAUCCAUGGAGCGUUCAAACUGGAGUGUAGCUGUUCUUCUAAUGUGGUGGGCUCAGCCGAAGCUCUACGUUGGUAGAGGCAUGCAUGAAGACAUGUUUUCCCUAUUAAAGUAUACACUAUAUUGGGUGAUGUUGUUAAUAAGCAAGUUCGCAUUCAGCUACUAUGUGGAGAUAUUACCACUGGUUGCACCAACAAAACAAAUUAUGGAUAUGUCAGUUAGCAUAUAUGAAUGGCAUGAGUUCUUUCCAAAUGUGACUCAUAAUGUUGGUGUUGUCAUCGCUAUUUGGGCACCAAUUAUAAUGGUUUAUUUCAUGGAUACACAAAUUUGGUAUGAAAUAUUUGCUACCAUCAUCGGGGGAAUCUAUGGAGCCUUCAGCCACUUGGGUGAGAUACGGACACUUGGGAUGCUGCGUUCCCGGUUUGAUUCAGUUCCUUCAGCUUUUUACGAACGCCUUGUACCAAUGAAGAAAGAAGAACUCAAACGAGAUCCCUUGGAGGAUGAUUUGUUGGUCAGAAAGAACAUAGCAAAGUUUUCACACGUGUGGAACGAGUUCAUAUAUUCAAUGCGGAUGGAGGACUUGAUCAACAACAGUGAAAGGGAUCUACUACUUGUACCUUACACAUCAAGUGAUGUUCCGGUUAUCCAGUGGCCACCUUUCCUGCUUGCUAGCAAGAUCCCAAUUGCAUUAGACAUGGCCAAAGACUUUAAAGGGAAAGAAGAUGCAGACCUUUUUAAAAAGAUCAUUAACGAUGACUAUAUGUACUCAGCAAUUAUUGAGUGCUACCAAACACUAAAGGAUGUCUUGUAUGGUGUUCUCAAAGAUGACGAGGAUAAAAUGAUCUUACGGCAUAUAUGCGAUGAAAUAGAUAGUAGCAUUCAAAAUAGAUGUUUUUUAACUAAAUUUUGUAUGCGCGGACUGCCAUCAUUCAAUGAUAAGUUGGAGCAAUUCUUAUGUCAUUUGUUGACAGAUUAUCGUAAUGAUGAGAAAUACACAUCUCAAAUCGUGAAAAUCCUUCAAGAUCUUAUGGAGAUUAUCACCAGGGAUAUUAUGAGAAAUGGGCAUGAAAUACUUGAAAGUGCUCAUUCUGAUCGUCUGGACAAUGAUAAAAAGGAGAGCUUUGAACGGAUCAAUAUCAAGUUCACUCAAACAAAAUCGUGGAAGGAGAAGGUGGAGAGGCUCCAUUUGCUUCUCACUAUGAAGGAAUCUGCAAUUAAUGUUCCAAUGAAUUUGGAGGCACGUAGGCGUAUCACUUUUUUCACAAACUCCUUAUAUAUGAGAAUGCCAAAUGCUCCAAAAGUUCACAAUAUGCUGUCAUUUAGUGUCUUGACUCCGUAUUAUAAAGAAGAUGUUCUAUAUUCUGAUGGGGAUCUUAAAUUUAAAAACGAGGAUGGAAUUUCAAUCUUAUUUUAUCUUCAAAAGAUAUAUCCAGAUGAAUGGAAUAACUUUGAAGAGCGGAUGAGAAACCGAAACCUACAUGCUUCUGAAAAAGAUACGCAGGAAGCAACGCGUCAAUGGGUUUCUUACAGGGGGCAGACACUUUCAAGAACAGUGAGGGGGAUGAUGUAUUAUAAAGAAGCUCUUGAACUCCAGUGUUUUUUAGACUCUGCAAAUGACGAUGAGAUUUUUGCUGGCUACCGAAUAGCUAAUAGGAAUAAGCACCGCAGAGAACUCAAAGAACGUGCACAAGCAUUGGCAGAUUUGAAGUUCACAUAUGUUGUUUCUUGUCAAGUUUAUGGGGCUCAAAAGAAAUCCAGUGACAAUAGAGAUCACAGUUGUUACACUAACAUACUGAAUCUAAUGUUAAAAUAUCCAUCUUUACGUGUUGCAUAUAUAGACGAGAUAGAGGAUCCGACCGGAAAAUCCCAGAAAGUUUACUAUUCCGUCCUGGUCAAGGGUGGGGAUAAACUAGAUGAGGAAAUAUAUCGUAUCAAACUUCCCGGUCCACCUACAGAGAUUGGUGAGGGAAAACCUGAAAACCAAAACCAUGCUAUUAUCUUUACUCGUGGGGAAGCCCUGCAAACAAUUGACAUGAACCAGGACAAUUACUUUGAGGAAGCUUUCAAAAUGCGAAAUGUACUGGAAGAAUUUCAUAAAGAUCAUCAUGGUGGCCGUAGACCUACAAUACUGGGAUUGAGGGAACAUAUUUUUACAGGAAGUGUCUCAUCACUAGCAUGGUUCAUGUCCAAUCAAGAGAUGAGUUUCGUGACAAUUGGUCAAAGGGUCUUGGCUGACCCUCUAAGGGUGCGCUUCCAUUAUGGUCACCCUGAUAUAUUUGACAGAAUAUUUCACAUAACAAGGGGUGGCAUAAGUAAAGCUUCGAAGAUUAUCAACUUGAGUGAAGAUAUAUUUUCAGGUUAUAAUUCAACUCUACGUGGAGGAUAUGUGACGCAUCAUGAAUACAUCCAAGUAGGCAAGGGUCGAGAUGUUGGUAUGAAUCAGAUAUCUUUAUUUGAGGCCAAAGUUGCAAAUGGAAACGGGGAACAGACACUUAGUCGAGAUGUAUAUAGACUUGGUCGGCGGUUUGACUUCUAUAGGAUGUUGUCGUUCUACUUUACCACAGUUGGAUUCUACUUUAGCAGCAUGGUUACAGUACUUGUUGUUUAUGUCUUCUUAUAUGGACGGGUGUAUAUGGUUUUAAGUGGACUCGAAAAAAAAAUCAUGGAAAAUGCAACUAUCAAUGGCAACAGAGCGCUAGAAGAGGCUUUAGCGACACAAUCCGUCUUUCAGUUAGGAUUACUUCUAGUCCUUCCAAUGGCAAUGGAAGUUGGUUUAGAAAGGGGAUUUCGUCAAGCCCUUGGUGAUUUAAUCAUAAUGCAACUUCAACUAGCCUCUGUGUUUUUCACUUUCCAACUUGGAACAAAAGUGCACUACUAUGGAAAAACAAUUUUACAUGGAGGUUCAAAAUAUCGGGCCACAGGUCGUGGGUUUGUUAUCUUCCAUGCAAAGUUUGCAGAUAAUUACAGAUUAUAUUCACGAAGUCACUUUGUGAAAGGGAUCGAGUUAACUAUGUUAUUAGUUAUAUAUCAAGUUUAUGGGAAAUCAUACCGUACUUCAGAUUUAUAUUUGUUCAUUACUUUCUCCAUAUGGUUUUUGGUAUCGUCGUGGUUGUUUGCUCCUUUUGUUUUCAACCCUUCGGGAUUUGACUGGCAGAAGACAGUAGAAGAUUGGACGGAUUGGAAGAGGUGGAUGGGGAAUCGUGGCGGCAUUGGGAUUGCACAAGAUAAAAGUUGGGAAUCAUGGUGGGACGCGGAACAGGAACAUUUAAAGCAUACAAAUAUAAGGGGUAGACUUAUGGAAAUUAUACUUGCGUUUCGGUUCUUCAUUUAUCAGUAUGGACUUGUGUAUCACCUAAACAUUGCUCGUGGCAGCAGAAGUAUUCUGGUGUAUGGGCUUUCUUGGUUAGUCAUGAUAACAGCUCUUCUUAGCUUGAAGAUGGUCUCGAUGGGUAGACGAAGAUUUGGGACAGAUUUUCAACUCAUGUUUAGGAUUUUAAAGGCUCUUCUUUUCAUUGGGUUCCUAUCAAUUGUAACUGUCUUAUUCGUUGUGUGUGGCCUCACUAUGAGCGACAUCUUUGCUGCUUUUCUUGCCUUCUUGCCAACGGGGUGGGCAUUUCUCUUGAUUGGGCAAGCAUGCAGACCCUUUGUAAAGGCUAUAGGAUUUUGGGAUUCAAUAAAGGAGUUGGGACGUGCAUUUGAGUGCGUAAUGGGAUUGGCAAUAUUUAUGCCCAUUGUUAUAUUAUCGUGGUUCCCAUUUGUAUCCGAGUUUCAGACAAGGCUUCUUUUCAACCAAGCAUUCAGCAGAGGUCUGCAAAUCUCAAUGAUUCUUGCAGGGAAGAAAGAAGACGUGCAAUCUGCUUAAUCUUGCUUUAAGUUAUAGUUGUAAAUAGUGAUUAAUCAACCUUAACACCUUUAAGAUAAUGUAAUCUGAAACAUUUUUCAUGUGAAUUAUUUUUUCUGGAAAAAAAGAAAUUUAUUUAAAGAGGAAAAGCAAAAGGCGUUAAAAAACA